AUGGAAGAGGUCGAUGAAACGGAAGCUGUUCCUCAGAUAUACAUGGCAUGCCUCAUGCAUGGUCAUAGAGUUGGAAUUUCUUAUUAUGAUAGUCUUACAUGUGAACUCCAUGUCCUGGAACUUUGGGAAGACGGUACUGCGGAGUUUCCUCUAAUUGAUAUGGUCAAGUUUCAGGUUAAACCCUUGAUCAUAUACACAAGUACAAAGAGUGAAGAAUCUCUCUUAGCUGCUUUACAACCAAACGAUGGUGCAAAUGGGAUGCCUACUGUGAAGCUUAUGAAGAGUUCUAUAUUUAGCUAUGAACAAGCAUGGCACAGAUUAGUAUAUCUCCGGGUAUCAGGAAUGGAUGAUGGGUUAAACAUCAAAGAAAGAAUCUGCUUUCUAAGUUCUAUGAUGGAUAUUGAGAGUGAAGUUCAAGUUCGUGCCAGUGGAGGGCUUCUUGCCAUACUCGAGAACGAAAGAGUGGUGGAUACCAUUGAACAAAAUGAGUGCGGGAGUGUAUCAAUCACAAUCGAUUCUGUCAUGCAAAUCUCAUUAAACAACUUCCUUAUAGUUGACUCAGCAGCUCACGAGGCAUUGCAGAUAUUCCAAACAGACAAACAUCCAAGCCAUAUGGGUAUUGGAAGAGCAAAGGAAGGGUUCUCUGUCUUUGGCAUGAUGAACAAGUGUGUGACGCCUAUGGGUAAACGUCUUCUGAGGACAUGGUUUCUCAGGCCCAUACUUGACCUCGACAACUUGAAUGGUCGUCUUAAUGUUAUAUCAUUCUUUGUUUCAUCUGAUGAAUUGUUGACCUCUUUACGUGAUACACUGAAAUUUGUUAAGGAUGUGCCCCACAUACUGAAGAAAUUCAACUCCCCGAGCUCAGUAUGUACCUGUGGUGAUUGGACUGCUUUUUUGAAGAGCCUUUCUGCACUCCUGCAUAUCAACAAGAUAUUUGAACUAGGAAUUUCUGAAAAUCUUCAGGAGCAUGUUAACAAUUUAAGUAUACAUAUUGUUGAGAAGGCUGCUUCAUGCAUCUCAAUGGAUUUGGCUUAUGUAUAUGAACUGGUAAUCGGUGUUAUUGAUGUAAAUAGAAGUAAAGACAAAGGUUAUGAGACAACGGUGAAAGAUGGCUUCUGUGAUGAGUUGGAUGAGCUGAGGCAAAUAUAUGAAGAAUUGCCAGAAUUUUUAGAGGAGGUAUCAGCAUUGGAACUUGCACGUCUUCCUUACAUGUCUAGAAACAAAUUGCUUCCACAAAUUGUUUAUAUAAGUCAAAUAGGAUACUUGAUGUGCUUUUUUGAAGAAAAGCCUGAUGAGUUUAUUUUAGAGAAACUUGAAGACUAUGAAUUUGCUUUCUCUGAAGAAGAUGGCGAUGUUAGAAAGUUUUACUACCGCAAUGCUAAGACACGAGAAUUAGACAGCCUUUUAGGAGACAUAUAUCAUAAAAUCUUGGAUAUGGAGAGAGCUAUCACAAGGGACUUAGUGUCACAUAUUCUUGAGUUCUCGAUGCAUCUACUCAAGGGAAUCAAUUUUGCAGCAGAACUUGACUGCUUUUUGUCAUUGGCAUUGGUUGCUCGUCAGAACAAUUAUGUAAGGCCCACACUAACUGCUGAAACUGUGCUUGAUAUUCGGAACGGGAGACAUGUUUUGCAGGAAAUGACAGUUGACACAUUUAUCCCUAAUGAUACAAAGAUCAUCGAUUAUGGGAAUAUUCACAUCAUUACUGGACCUAAUUAUUCAGGCAAAAGCAUAUAUAUAAAGCAGGUAGCACUGAUAGUUUUUCUUGCUCACGUUGGAAGUUUUGUACCAGCAGAUACCGCCAAAGUGGGUUUAACUGAUAGAAUUUUCUGUGCCAUGGGAAGCAAGGUUAUGACUGCUGAACAAUCCACAUUUAUGAUUGAUCUACACCAAGUCGGAAUGAUGCUAAGGCAUGCUACUUCUCGAUCAUUAUGUUUACUAGACGAAUUUGGCAAGGGAACUCUAACUGAAGAUGGUAUUGGGCUCCUCGGUGGAACUAUUGAUUACUUUACCUCAAUGCAUGCCCCUCCAAAGGUUCUAAUUUGCACUCACUUGACCCAAAUAUUUGCUGAUAGUCAUUUAUCUGAGUCGAACAAAGUCAAAUACUACACCAUGAGCGUGCUAAGACCCGACAACAAUAGUGAGGACAUUGAGGAAAUUGUAUUUCUAUAUAGGCUGGUUCCCGGACAUGCACUUCUUAGCUAUGGACUACACUGCGCCCUACUUGCCGGUGUUCCUCAAGAAGUGAUAAGGAGAGCAACAUUUGUCUUGGAUGCUACCACCAAAGGCGUUCAUAUGGACCGAGAUUGUAACGAAAAGAUAUCAGCUCAAGAUGAGCAAUAUAAGGAUGCCAUGGAGAAAAUGGUAGCUUUCGAUGCUAUUAAUGGUGAUCUGGCGCUGUUCUUUCAAGAUAUUUUUCCUGGUGAACCUUAAAACCUACUUCUCUAUAAGUGAAAAACACACAUC